GCCGCGCCCCGCUGCGCGCAGAGCUCCCCCUAGGCCCGCGAACCUGGCCAUUCAGCCACCGCUGUCUCUGCUGCGCUCCCUCGCGCCUCUGCCUGAGAAGCUUGCGCUGUUUUUCCAGCCCAGAAGAAAAUGGCAAAGGUGGCUAAGGACCUAAACCCAGGAGUUCAGAAGAUGUCCUUGGGCCAGCAGCAGUCAGCAAGAGGUGUGCCUUGUUUGAGAUGCAAGGGGACGUGUUCGGGCUUCGAGCCACAUUCGUGGAGGAAAAUUUGCAAGUCAUGCAAAUGCAGCCAAGAGGACCACUGCCUGAGCUCCGACCUGGAAGAUGAUCGGAAAAUUGGCCGCUUGCUGAUGGACUCCAAGUAUUCCACCCUCACAGCCCGGGUGAAAGGCGGGGAUGGCAUCCGGAUUUACAAGAGGAACCGGAUGAUCAUGACCAAUCCCAUUGCCACUGGGAAAGAUCCCACCUUUGACACCAUCACCUAUGAGUGGGCUCCCCCCGGAGUCACCCAGAAACUGGGACUGCAGUACAUGGAGCUCAUCCCAAAGGAGAAGCAGCCAGUGACGGGCACCGAGGGUGCCUAUUACCGCCGCCGCCAGCUCAUGCACCAGCUCCCCAUCUACGACCAGGACCCCUCUCGUUGCCGCGGACUUUUGGAGAAUGAGCUGAAACUGAUGGAAGAAUUUGUCAAGCAAUAUAAGAGUGAGGCCCUCGGUGUGGGAGAAGUGGCCCUCCCUGGGCAGGGAGGCUUGCCCAAGGAAGAAGGGAAGCAGCAGGAGAAGCCAGAGGGUGCAGAGCCUGCGGCCCCGACUACCAAUGGCAGCAUUAGCGACCCAGCCAAAGAAUAUAUCUGUGAGCUCUGCAAGGGAGUGGCCCCAGCCGACACUCCUGUGGUCUACUCAGACAGGGCAGGCUACAAUAAGCAGUGGCAUCCUGCCUGCUUUGUGUGCAUCAAGUGCUCUGACCCGCUGGUGGACCUCAUCUACUUCUGGAAGGAUGGUGCACCCUGGUGUGGCCGCCAUUACUGCGAGACCAUCCGGCCCCGGUGUUCUGGCUGUGAUGAGAUAAUAUUCUCAGAGGACUACCAGCGUGUGGAAGAUCUGGCCUGGCACCGAAAGCACUUUGUCUGUGAGGGCUGUGAGCAGCAGCUGAGCGGUCGGGCGUACAUUGUCAGUAAGGGUCAGCUUCUGUGCCCAACUUGCAGCAAGUCCAAACACUCCUGAAGGGCUGCCUAUCCACGGCCAGAAUCCACAGGAGCCCACUCAGAAGGAAAGCCAGGAGCGCUGAGGCCAUCUUAAGGGUCUGAUGCAACAGCCAGCAAGCAACAAAAACAAUGAUUUUUUUUUUUUUCAGUAAGAAUAUAUAUACACAUAUAUUCUAGGCUUGGUGGUGGUGGAUCCUUGAGGGUCAAUAGUUUCAAAGCCAGAAAUGUUCUGAGAAGUCUUAGAAUGGAGUUAUUUUGUUUUUGUUGCUGUUGUUUCCCAGCUACCAACUAAAGACACAGUUGGCAUCCUGCAAAUGAUCUCUAGGAGUUUCCCAGAAUGCAAUUCUGAGUGAUCAAAUCACAUAGCUGUAGAAUGUGCGUGCUUGUUCGUGAGCAUGGGAACUCCUCCAGGAGUAGGCUGGGAUCCCAACGAUUGUUUGUUGCCUCCUUUCCAAUGGAAUUUGAAUUUUAAAUAAAAACCUUUUUUGGCAUGAUAAACAUAUCAAUAAACAUUUUAUGCAGUCUG